AUCAAAUCAAGCGAAGGACGGUGUCUGGUGGUGUCUCGAAACGUGUGAGCGUGUCUUACGUAAAUCGAUUUUAGAAUACAAUUAAAUCCAUAUUUAUUUACUUGUAAACAUAGCAGAGCGAUACAAGUCUAAAAUAAUUAAGUGUAGUGCGGCUACUUUUCUUUAAAAGUGUUAUCGGCGAGCGCAUUGAGCGCGGGUGGCGGCGUGGGUGCGGUCCCCACGCUGGUCUCACAGUCUGGUCUUGGUGUGGAGGUGGACAUGGUGCAGGAAGGCGGCGGUGCGGCAGGCGAUGGUCUCAUCGCGCCGCGCCGCGUGCCCAACCCUUGUUUGGAGAGCCCACAGCGUAUGGACUUACACAGGGAGCUGCUCUUCAAUCAAAGGAUAGGUAAAAACGUCCUCAACCAAAAAAGUGAACUAGAAAGGGCUCUGUCGAAACACAAAGAGAAGCAAAUCAUGAAUCAAGUGAAGGAACACAGGGAGACGCCAGAGCUCGAGCGUGCGAUAGCAGAGCGAGCUCGUCGACUGGAGCAAGCGGAACAAAGUACGGAGGAACCAGAGACUGGUGCCAACCCUACGUUGCAGCAAAUACGAGCCCGUCUGCGACAUGCAGCGCCCUCUGCGCCAGCGGCCUCCGCCCACUGAACUAACCCAGCCUUACAAACAUCUAAAUAGUAAUAGGAUUGCCAAAAAACACGGUUUGAGAAACUUUUACCCUUCCCAACUUUUCUGUCUUUGCCUAAGCCAUGAAGCUCUAAAGGGAAAGGCAAAAAUGUUUGACUUGUAUUCUUCGAACAGGCUGUAAAUUCAAGAUACCUACGUUUAACUUGGUAGCUUAAUUAAAUUCUAGGAACAGAAAUACUCCACACUGUUUCAACCAAAAUAAAAUCAAAAUUGUAUGUACAACCGAAUAUGAGUAAGCGGCCAAGGUUAUGUGUAAUAAAUUGCAUCUUGCGAUUCAUAAAAGACGGCCUGCUUCGAGGACAGUCCUAUUGUUCUUUGGAUCGUAUAGUAGUCCCCGUAGCAAUUCACCUGCCAACUUCCAUUAUGAAUAUUUAUGUCUCAUCCGUUCUCUUACAAUCAAAAGUUGUAGUGAUAGGACAUUAACAACCCGACCUAUAAGAUCGGGAGAUUUCGUAUCACUUUAUUGAUCCGUACCCCUAUAGAAUAUAUUUAAAUAGAUGUUUAACAACCAUCGUUGAUACUAGUGAAUAGAGGCUAUAUUCUCAAAAGCAUUUGUUACAAUUUAAUCAACUGUUACUAUAUUUCACUUGACUCAUUAAAUACUAGAUUCAGAAAACGAUGUUUAAAAAUAUAAUAUCAGUCGCACACCGAUGUUGUCUGUGAUUAGCGCCAUCUUUGUGUAGUAGUAGGUAACUCUUACUAACUGUAUCACACUAACUCAGGGUGUUGGUAGGCGUUGAUGAACUCGACUGGGGUCCAAAUGGACUGUAUUCAGGGGUCAAGGGGAUUUAAAAGGGUUAAAAUAUUGUAAAAAGAUGGGAUUGAAGUUAUGGAAGUGCACUGUAAUUAUAAGCAUUGAGCGAGUGUUGCUAAUGGUGUGAGUGAUACGCUUUGAUUGCCAAAGCUUGUUUGAUUAUAAUCGGUAACUUUAUGAAAUAAGACGAACAGCUAUGCUUUAAUCUUUUUUUCAAUGAAAAAGGUCACUUAAAGUGUCACAAUAUUUAAAAUGGUAGCGAUUUAUUUGUUAUUAUUUAGUAGUUUAUAUAACGGGUGUGGAGACACUUCUAACAGCCUCGAUAAUUGAUUCUUUGGAACUGCAAUUGAUUAUGUUUAUUUAUGCGUGCAAAUAUUUAAUUUCAGUAAUACGUAAUAUCGAACAACUAUAUGACUGAGGAUUCGACUGCGUGUGUUGUAAUAAUUAUGAUAAGAGGUAAUGUCGACUUCAAACAAGAGAAUACAAAUAUUUUUCUAAACUUUUUGACGUCACAAAUCUUAACAAUUCGUAGCGUUCAUUCGUAAGCAUUUACUGUUCUUGUUGUACUCUUAACUUAUCUCUCGCUGUACGUUUUAGUGAUAAAAUAAAUGUCAAAGUAAUAAUUGUAAUAACUAUUUUAUGACAUUAAUUAUUAUAUGUAUUAGAGAGUAGAUAGAUGUUUGCAAUUUACAGAUGUACGGUUUAGAAAUAUUAAAGUAUAAACAUAUUUUAUUGUCAGAGUAGAGAUAUGAGAUGUAGUGUGGAUCCUAAAUAGAUAUUACCCAAACAUAAUAUUAAAGUUGAAAUAUAUUAACCUACAAUAUCUACAAGCCUAAUCAGUAAUUAUAAUGAAUUUAACAAAUAGCUUUAUGGGCACUUAAUGUUAUAAAAAUAUAUAAUUUUCUACAGAUCCUUGCACUUAGGCCUUUCUUAAUAUGACUCCAAUUAAUAGUUGACCAGUGUAUUAGAAUUUGAAGUGUUCAUAAAAGUGAUAGAAAAGUAUUUUUAUAUAUUUGUGAUGCCUGGAGGUUGUCAACAGGUUUUCAAAGUUUAAUCGAUAUUCGUAGUAGCCCCGAUGACACAAGAAAAUAUUCACUACACGUAGAUAUUAAACGAUAUAACGGGUAACGUCUAUUACGUUGCAUGUAUAAUAGAAUUAUUUAUAAUGCUUGUCUAAUAUUGAUUUAGUCGUCACAUACCUACCGCAGAUAUAUUUGAUUAAAGCUUGCUACUUAUACCUUUAAUGAAUCUCUUAUUAAUUGUUCGCACCUUUAUUUGCAAUUGUCAUCUGAAGUUCUAUUUCAUUUAGCCUUAUUAUGUAACGUAUUAUGUUCUCUAGUGUGCCUAAUUAUAUAACUUGUUAUUUACUUUCAGAGUAUUAAUUAUUUAUCGUUAUUACCUAAGUUAGAUUGUAAUAGGAUGACGAUUCUCACAAAGAUACCAAAAUUACAAAAAAAAAGUUCUUGUAGUUAACUAUCAUUCCACUUGUUAUUCUUUCACUUGCUAUGAUUUCCUUUGUCGAAAUGUUUUCAUUUUCUGUUAAGGUUAUUGUUAAGUUAUUGUAAUUUAGUACAAAAUGGCUCCUUCAUGAUAUGAAGGCCAGUUAGGCUUCGGAAGCUGCAUCGUGGCCAUCUUAAGUGCGACAUUAUUGACGAAAGUAGUGUUAAGUCUCUUUGUAUUGAUAGUAUGACAUGGAACCUGUAUGAAAAUUAUUUGCAUAGUCAAAUAAAAAUGUUUUAGACUAGUUACUGUUUCAUUUUUUU